AUGGAAAUCUACCACACAACAUUCGAAGAAUCCCACGGCCGAGGACAAGGCGGCUGGUCCACCUCCCCUCCACCCACCCAACAAAAAUCCUCACUACAACAACACCUCGAACGCAAAAGACAGCUCGCAGAAGCCGCCGAGAAGGAGCGAAAAAAGGUAGGUGGUAUACAUUUCCACUUCCUCCCCUCAUUUGGCUCAAAACAGGGAAAACAGGCAACAGCAGCAACAGCAACAGAACGGAAAUCCGAGCCAGAAGGCUCGCAGUAUAAGAUACCUCGCAAAGCGGUGCCGAUACGGAAAUGCGAUAUUAGGAUGAGGGAUGAGAGGGGUGGGUUGGGAUACCCGGUUGCUGCACCGGGGUUGAAGCGGAAGGGGGGGUUUCGUUCUGGGAGUGAUGGGGGAGUGGAGGAGAAGACUUUGAGUGGUGAGAAGAGAGAGGAUGGGAGGAGACAGGUAUCUCCACCACGGUCCUCGAAUGAUCUCUCUUCCGCAACAAGUUCGCCAUUCUAUGCUCAUAGACUUGGAUAUCAAGCUCCAGCUCCAGCUCCAGCUCCAGCUCCCCUCGCCCCAACAACUCGAAUCCAGAAUCUGAGAAGAUGUCCUUCCAUCCCUGAAAUUCCCAGAUCAGAACCCAAAGCAAAACCCACAUCCUUACCAGCAGUAACCUCCCCAUUCAAACCACUUCCCAGGCCCCCGCGACCUGUCAAUAAUAACGAUAUCUUACUCGAUGCGCGGAAUAACUACAAGUCCCUCCCCGCACCAAUAACGCCCUGGCCAAAUAGCAAACAGCAACAACUGCAGAAGCAAAUACAGAGACAGCACCAGAACGUAAAAACACAUGAAAAGAAAAAGUCGGAAUCGGCUUCGAAGAGAUUAGUGGAAUACAUCCACACAAGUGCCGAUUUCUUCGAUGAGACGAGAAGAGGCGUGCAAGGGAUACUAAGCCCCGGAAUCGGACCACAGGAUCAUACCUCCCAUUCACACGAGGCCCAUAACUCCCAUCCGGUUUUCACGCCUUCUUAUUCCGGCGGCGAGACUGGAAAAGGAGCCUCAACACCAACACCCACGAGGGAAAAUAAACCCAAAAGCAAACCCACAAAGCGAGACCCCGCCGACUCAAUCCUCUCCUUCUACUGCGCCGGUACACCCUCUUUCCCCAUCCUCUCCCCAAAAUACAACAGCAACACACCCACUCCAGCGACACUACUCCCAAACAACCAACUCCUCAACCCCCAAAGCGCUAUCAAGAAAACACAAUACUACUCCCCCUCCCCAGGGAGCGUAGAGAAACUCACUUCUGCGACGGAUGUCGAACCCCGGAUCUGCAGAUUAUGCAAGGUCGGCCUGGAGGGCAUCAUGGGGCUCUGUGUGAAAUGCGAAGCCGAAUUCUCUCGUCCGAGUAGUGGCCUGCGUCCCCAGACCGAAGAGGUAAGGAAUCCUACGCCGCCGCCUAAGGAUGAGGUGAGGCCACCGGCGCCUUUGAAGGUCUUUAAAACGGCUUCGAUGGGUCCUGAUGCGAGGAGUUCUCAUGGGCAGACGCAGACAAGGACAAGUACAGAUUCAUGGACGAGUUUAGUUGAGAGUUUGACGGAGGGCGAGACGUCGCGUCCAAGAUCGCAACGCUCCCCCAGUCCCACAUGGGGGCGUGUUGCGAAGGGAAGGACAGUCAUUCAAUCGCCGGCUGUGCCAGGACGACAGAAUUCUCAUCGCGUCGUUAUCAUGGACGCAGAAGAGGAUGAGGAGCGAUAUAGUCGCUAUCAAAGCGAUGGCAUGAGGACAGAUGCUGAGCGGAGAAGAAACGACCUGACGAGUUGGACGAAUUUCUAUGACGAUCAGUCCCAGGUGGAUUAUGACAAGAAGAUACGGACGCCAGAGACUGCAAACAAAUAUGGAGAUAGAGACACGAACUUUUACGAUUUUUAUGACGACAUUCUUGGAUAG